UUUCUUUCUAACAGCACGGUGUUUCCCUGCCCUGCUGCUUCCCUUACCAUACUGAAUACUCUGGACAGUUUAAGGAACAACAGAUUUGAUUCAUGUCUAUGUUCAGUAUGUUCGGGUUCUUCAGAUUGGCACUUGGAAUCCUCAUAACUGGCCUUUGCUGCAGAGUUGUAUUAGCAGGUAACCAAUCUAAAAAUGUUGGUCCCUACGUGACUCAUUUCGCUUAAAACGUCCAUGCAAAGUUUGCACUUUCUACACCCAAUGAUUUUCGCCACUGACUUCUAGUAUUCAUUCCAAGAGAACUUUGCCCUUUUAUUUCUAUAAUCCUAAUCGGUUAAACGGUUUUAUGCAAAAAUGUUAUGUGGUUCUUCAUUUAUUACUUUCAUAUUUUUCUCUUAAUUAUGGAGGAAUAUUGUCAUGAAUAGCUUGGCCAGUGGUCGUUUCUUCAAAACUGUCUUCACUACAGAGCACACCGCUCAAAUGAAAAGCCUGCACGCAUCCCUGAGACUCCAUAACGCUUGUUAUGUUUCAAAAAGACCUGAGACAGACCUGAGCAAAAGCGAAAAAAAACCCACUCUGAUAGCAGCCUUCUUAGCUAAAGCUACAAGUCUCUUUGUACAUGCACCUUUAAAAGGCGGGUGCAUAAUCCUACGCUGCAGUUGAAGGUCGGUUUCGAUACAGUUUUCCGAAGACCAUGCCAAGAUUUUUCAUCGCCUUAAAAGUGAUUUUAUUCUCACUUGUCGGAUCGCUAUGAAAUUAUCACCACUGACUGAUUUUGGAUUGAAGUUUCUUAAAAUUUAGUUUGAUAAAUAAAAUCGAUAUCACUAUGACAAAAAGAAAGAAAAAAAAUUAAAACGUUGAAAUCGGUAAAAGCCACUUGUUUUGCGCGAUCUAGACAAGUCCCGCUUCUGAAAAUCCCACAUCAGGAACUUAAAGUGUGCUGUUUAGCAAACAACCUCCGUGAGAAGUAAAAAAAUCUGUAUAUUUAAAUUAAAAUAAAACGUAAAUAUAAUUCAAAACUUAUAUUUUCAAUAGCCGUUAUAAAUUAUAUAGUAAAAAAGUUCUGAAUUACUAAAAUUAAUCUUAAAUGGCGUCAGAAUUUACUAUCAUAUUUCGAUGCUAGGAAAUUUUGGUGUAUUUAAUUUCCAGAUUUUCAUCCUUGCGAAUUUGAAAUUAAAUGUAUUUAAUUUAAGCGUAGUAGCAGUGACAGAGAAUGUAAAUACUUUCCUAUCGGUAUGAACGCACGUGAGCUGCUAUGGUGUUACUUGACUCUAUUGUUAUUAGGUAUAUAAGGUUUUGACAGUUGUAAUGUAUUCAUCUCAGCUCUCGAACUAUCAACUAUUAUUUUUAUAUCUUACUUUAUUCAUCUAUCUUUGUGCGACCGCAUCGGUUGAGGAAUACGUUCCCAAUUUUUUCCCAUUGGGCCAGUUUAAGUUUUCGUAUCAGGCGGCGCACGUGAAUAGUUUAGCCUGAGUGACUUUAUUUAGGAAUGUUUGUACAUCAUUCUUUAGUUAUGAUGUGAACUUUGUAUGUUAUUUGGACGGGCAUUAAACACUCAGGCUCCACAGUUCGAGCUGCACACCCAUUCCCGUCUCUUUGAGGUGAAUAUAAAUAGGAAAUAACAUUUUUGUCACCACCUGUCUAAGUGCAACUUUAUUCAGUUUCAAAUUUUGACCUUUAUUGUUUUUCUAUAUAUUGAACGGCUCGACAGAAUCCUUUUUAAACCUCACCACAAAAUUCUCACGAUGUAUAUAAUAACGUACGAAACUUUCAUGAAGAUUGAUUCACUGCAACACCUUUAAAUUUCAAGACGAGCCCAACGUACAAACCGGCCAAAAAUCCGCGUUACAACAUUUACUGUUUUGACGUUAUGCUUAUGUUUCCAAAUUAAUGCCCACCAUACAUACCUCCAUGAUUAGUACAUUUCAGUGAGGGGACUUUAGAGAGUUAAAAGCCAAAAAUGUUUCCGGAGAAGCAUGCCCCCUCGGCGCUCGUUUAGGAAAUCGGUCAGUCCGACCUAGUUCCGCGCCUGCAUCCAAUGAUCUUUUUUUAUUAAACACACUUUGUGAUGCUGUUUUUGUUUUGUCAGCUUUAGUAACUGGCUUAAAGAAUUCUGUCAUUGUGGGAAAUAAUUCUGAAUACUUGUCUAAGUUGACCAACUGGAUAAAACCCAGAAGAAGUGAAAACGAUUGGGAACUCUGCUGGAGAAAAUCACGUCAUGGCUGGGAUAACAAUAAAUUCCAUUCCCUAUGUGACGAAAAAGGACCAACAAUUACUAUUGUAAAGGUUGGACACUAUAUCUUUGGAGGCUACGCCAGUUUAUCAUGGAGAAUGUCAGCUGGUAAGUAUUCUAGUCUUAGUUUGUGUGUUUAAGAGUUUAUGGAUUGUCAUAUAUACUGAACAUUUUCAACUGUAUAUGACUAGUUAUUUGACUUUUCAUUUUUCGUUUUCCUAAACUUAUCAUUUCUUCAAACUGACACAUGCAUUUUUAUACGUUUUGGCCUUGUUCCAAGUUGAACGAUCAAAAAUAGAAGUUUAAUAGGAUCCUUGGGUAACGAAUUCACUUAUGACCAGGUUUGCACGCAGUUGCAAAAAUUGCGAUUUUUCGAAAACAACGUGAUGAUUAAAAACAACACUUCCAAGGAUAGGCCAGCUGGGGACGAAAAUUUACCAACAGAAAUGCGUUCUCGAUGACUGGGUGUGGACGCUUAAAAUGAAUGUGUGGACCGCGAGCUUUUGAUGAGUUUAUAUUAACACGAAAACGCCGAAGGUUUUGGGAAACGCAUUAGUGAACAUGCUGGCCUUACAGAGACGUUUCUGAAUUCUUUCUAUACUAUAUUUAGGUUCUGGUUGCCUCUCUCAGUACGAUUCACAAGCCUUUUUGUUCUCGCUGGUAAACAAGCCAGGAUGGGCACCUGUAAAGUUUGAUCAGACUGGAGGGUACAGCUCUAACCCAUCGCAUUCCACGUACAGCUGUUACAAUGGUCCUGUUUUUGGAGGACCACCUCAUGACUUGAAACUGGCCAAGGAUAGCUCUCAUGACAGUUUUACCUCAGAUCUUGGCUACACGUACAGUCCGCCGAGCACUCACGGACAUGCAAGCCUCUUUGCCCGAGAAUUCCUGGCAGGAUCGUAUCGAUUCAAUCCCGCUGAAAUAGAAACGUUUUACUACAAAGCCUUUACAUCACAUGGUAGGAUCAAGAAUUAGCUAUAGUUUUCCAGGAAUUUUAAAAAACAAUAAGUAAUCUAGCCAUUUUUCAUUUUUUUGAAAAGUUGCAGGGAUUAAUAACACACUAAAAGACGCCCUCGACAACAAAUUUUCAACGUAUAUCUUCUUCUGAGCUUUUGCUUUCAUUCUAAAAACGCCUAAAAAUGGGGUUACCGUUCUUGCUUGGGACGCGUAAAACCAAGGUCGUUAAUACACCUUGGUAACUGUUUCUGGAAUCUGCCAUGUGAGGAAUUUAAACCUCGAUACAACGAAGGGCCAAGGGACUGGCAAAAUUUGUUCGUCGUAACGAGGUGUAGUUAUAUACACCAAGGUUCUUUUUGAUAUAUUUUACUAUUACUGGGUUAAAGAAAUUCGUUCGUUAUGCCGAGAAGUCUUCGCUAUAUAGAAGUUCGCCAGUUAUAUCGAGGUUCCACUGUACCCACUUUUACUAAGAGAGGAUAAAGGGGACAGAGAAGGCAUCCCUUAUACACACCCUAUUCCGUAGGUAAUUCGUCUCGAGUUAUUUUUAGAAUCGGGAUGAAGUUACCUCGCGCACUGCGUGGAUGUUUCGUGGAGGUUUCGCAUGACUAAACGCCGUGCAAAACAUGUCGGGCGAAAGGCAAUGAAAGCGUAAAGAGAUCGAGAGCACUAUUGAAUAUUGAAGCGAAAUGAGUCGACGCUCACCUGGGAAAAGUGAAUUGCUGGACUCUUUGACAACCCGUGAAAUCAGUUUAACUCGAAGUUGUCGUAACCUCAGUGCUUUAAUAAAAUGAGAAACUUCGCCGGUCUAUUGAAGCCGGUCGUUUGUAUAAUAAAGCAAGUAGGGCGCCAAGUGUUAUUUUUGUUGAAUAAUAAAAGACUAAUAAAAGAAUAAAAAAUAUCAAACCAGAAAUUGCUCUCUUCAAACAGUAAAUUGUAAAUGAUCCUGAGAGAAUAUUCAGUGUGUUAAGGAUUUCUCUACUGUACUGUUAGCUCUAUACAAGAGAGGAAGGGCGAUUCUUUUUUAACUUCCGUUUCGCUGACACAGCUUAAGCAGAAAUCUCUCUUUGAGUUUGAGGAGUUAGACACUUGUCCUUCUGUGGAAGUUCGUUCACCUUGAGCUACUAUUAGCGUUGUUGCAAAUGAAGUAGAAUUAAUAGUUCAGGGAAACGCUAUUUUUAGUUGAUAAUGAGCGAUCUGAGGUAACCAGUUGUUCAAUGAUGUUAAGUAUAAAGCACAAAUUUGAGCGGGGUUUCCCUCAGACUUACAGGUUAAGGGGGGGGAGGGAGGGUUGGAGGAGUGCGGAGGCUGGAUUCAACCCAAGGUUAUUCUCAGAUAUUUCGACACGAUUUUGAGGCAAAACCUCGUUGUUCUCAGUAGCUGUUCAUUUUAAUGUUUAAUAGACGUAUUUUAUGAUAAUCUAAAGUUCAUAUAUUUGACCUGCAGGAGAGAUAUUUAACAAGAUAACCGUCUCGUUUCCUAACUUCAAAAUUUGCUAAAUGAAUUGCUAUUUUUGAACAAUUAAACUUUAGGGGUUCACAAUGAAAGUCUACUCUGUGUCAAUUCAAGCGCCAUAAAAUCGCGUUAUUGUAAUGACUUAAAAUUUAUUUGGUCGGUUAAUUUGUGGAUAAUCCUGUUAGUCAACAAUGCUCAGGAGCACCCAACGACGGUUUCCUCCUAAAUGCUUUGAAAACACUUUUUAGGCUAUCCAGAGUACGUACUUUUAGAUCUCUAGAAAUGUAUUCUAAGUAGCGCUAAAAAAUUUAUAUCUGUUCGGUCAUCCUAGGGUAACUUGAGUCUUUUCGAAGUUACGAGGGCUUCAGUAUUAUUUUCCAGAAAAUUUUAGCAGCAAUUGAAAGUUUUCCGAAAGUGAUAGUUUUUCUUAUUCCUUUCUGCAUUGCAUUUUCAAUUCCGAAAAUUUUAGGUUUCCUUUCUGUACGAAAAAUAACCUAACCUGGGGAGUGAAAUGGGAAAAAUGAAACUUCAGAAAAUCGUAGGGAAUUUCUUAGAUAAGCUUCGAAAAUUGUGUACAUGAAUGGAACGGUCGUCAAGAAAUUUUUAGCCUUUCUCAAGCUAUAGAAAAUUCUAGGCAAUUUUUGCUUCUCCGAACAGAUAUUUCACAGAAAACAGUCGUUGGGUGCCCCCUGAAUGCUGACUAUUGUGGGCGAAUUACUUUGUACACCUUGUUUGUGUCUCCGCUUUGUGCCCUACGUUUCGCGCCUACUAAAAAUGACUGUUGUUUAGGCUGGGUAAUUUUCUAUACACUUUUUUAUGAUAUAAAUCUCGGAUUUUAUGACAGCUUUUGUGUUUGUUAUUUUUCAGAUCCCUCAUGCAUUGUAACAAUUUACUCAAAUCCUUUUAUUGAGAGGGUGGUAGUUCCACAUCCAGUGGCAUGCUUUGCAGGUGCUGACAAUCUCGAGGAGAAACUCGGUGAUUUUGCAGAAGAGAUAAACUCAGAAACUGACGCUUAUGAUGCAGUGGAAAAGUGCGCUAAGUUGGCUCAUGGCAAACAUUACAAGAUGUUCGUGUUGGGGAAGAAUAGUGUGUGCCUAUCUGGAGCAGACACUCAAAACAGAUACUACAUCAAUGGUACGAAAGACGCGGUGUGUGAAUACGGUAUCGGCAAGGGAGAUAGUAUGUUCGUGUAUUCCUUAGGUCAGUGCUGAGUGUUACUUUUACGUCAUUCUUCAAUCGUUCAAUCGAUGUUCUGCUAAAUAUAAAGGGCGGUUCUUGGGAGAGCUAUAACAACUUGAAGUAUUAAAGAGACAGCUCAGCACCGAAAGCCUCGAAAAUUAAAACUAAGCGAGAGGAUAAUUGCAUCCCAGUAUCCGCAGGCCAAAGAACGAGCAAGUAGAAGUGGAAUUAGGGGUAAAAAUUGCUGCAAAACUUAGGGCUUUUUUAAAUGUUACAUUUAUUUAUGAAGGCAUGAGGGCUCCGAAUGACGUCAGCAUGUCUGGCUUAUUAGUUGCAGUUGAAAAAUCGGAUGAUGGCCGGGGGGGGGGGUCCACACAGACUCGAAGGGCGUCCAAUUAGUUACUGUCUGUUACGUUACUGUCUCAGGAGUAGAUACAAUAUGAAAAACCUACAGAGUUAAUGGAAGUCCUUGCGACAGGCAGACUCCAAUGAAGUGUAUGACAUAAGACCAACAAACAACACAACACAACAAAAAAAGGGAAAAAAACUAGUACAUUAAGACGUGCUAUCUAGGCUCUGUACUGUAAGGAGCUUAAGAUACAUUACUAAUAUAUAUCCGAAUAGCUGAUUCCGCCACUUGAAGGUCCAAUCAAUGUGUUUCUACUCUUUCUGAAUUAAUCACCUUCUUAAUUUCUUGCUAGACCACUUGCCUGAUCUCACGCCAGUUGGAUGCUAUCGUGACGAAAAGAACGAUCGCGCCUUACCAGAUCACUAUGCUAACUUCCGAAAACCCCCUGAGAUAGACUGGACACAAUUAGAUGAGACAAUACACCAGUGCGGACAAGUGGCCUACAAUAAAGGUUACCACUACUUUGCUGUCCAGGAUUACGGAGAGUGUUACUCUGGAAAUAAUGCCUCGGCAACUUAUACCAAACAUGGCGUUAGCGAAGACGGUUGUUAUUGGAUUGACAAAAACUUGGGAGUGGGAAAGGAGAACGCUAGUUUUGUUUAUAGGAUAAACUAG